UCAACGGAAGAUGGCUCAAUAAUGGAGAAUACAAACGACUGCGACUCAAGCGAGGGCACUCGGUCAUCCACUUUCAUUCUGAAAAUGCUUGAGGCUGCGGCAAGCAGACGUUCAGUCAGCAUUGUCUUAGUCGAUGAGGAAAAAGACUCUGCUAAUGUCUCAGUGAAUAAGGACUCUCCGAAUGUCAAGGAAGCGGUGAAGAAGGAUGUAGAAAAUCAAAUACAGCUCACAGAGCAGAAGCAAGCAGAGUUCAACAAGCGCCCCGGGAAGAUCGGACGCCGAUCCUUCUCCCGCUCCAUCUCACAGUCAUCCACAGACAGUUUCAGCUCAGCUCCCUCAGAGUCAGACAGUUCCGAAGAUGAAGGCACACCUCGUGACAAAGUGCAGAAAAACUCCAAAGGCAACAGUGACUUCUGCAUCAAAAACAUCAAGCAGGCUGAUUUUGGGCGCAGAGAGAUUGAAAUCGCAGAACAGGAGAUGUUAGCCCUCGUUGCCCUAAGGAAGAGAGCUCAAGGGGAGAAACCUUUAGGUGGAGCCAAGAUAGUGGGCUGCACGCACAUCACUGCUCAGACGGCGGUGUUGAUAGAGACUCUGGCUGCGCUCGGUGCUCAGUGCAGGUGGGCUGCCUGUAACAUCUACUCCACUCAGAACGCUGUGGCUGCAGCGUUAGCAGAGGCUGGAUUUUCAGUGUUUGCCUGGAAAGGUGAAUCAGAGGAUGAUUUCUGGUGGUGCAUUGAUCGCUGUGUGAACCUUGAGGGCUGGCAACCAAACAUGAUCCUUGAUGAUGGAGGUGAUCUUACACAUUGCAUUUAUAAGAAGUACCCCCACGUCUUCAAGAAGAUCAAGGGCAUCGUGGAGGAGAGUGUCACUGGAGUUCACAGACUGUACCAACUGUCAAAAGCAGGAAAGCUCUGUGUGCCAGCCAUGAACGUGAAUGACUCUGUGACCAAGCAGAAGUUUGACAACCUCUACUGCUGCAGAGAGUCCAUUCUAGAUGGUCUGAAGAGAACCACUGAUGUGAUGUUUGGUGGCAAGCAAGUAAUGAUUUGUGGAUAUGGAGAGGUUGGUAAGGGCUGCUGUGCUGCUCUGAAGGCCCUGGGUGGCAUUGUGUAUGUAACAGAGAUCGACCCCAUCUGCGCUCUGCAGGCAUGCAUGGAUGGCUUCCGACUGGUCAAGCUGAGUGAGGUCAUCCGAAAUGUAGACAUCGUCAUCACAUGUACAGGCAAUAAGAAUGUUGUGAGGAGGGAACAUUUGGACCGCAUGAAAAAUGGCUGCAUGGUUUGCAACAUGGGACAUUCCAACACAGAGAUAGAUGUGGCUAGCCUGCGGACGCCAGAGCUGACGUGGGAACGUGUGAGGUCACAGGUGGAUCAUAUCAUCUGGCCAGAUGGCAAAAGGAUCAUUCUCCUGGCUGAGGGUCAUCUGCUGAACCUGAGCUGUUCCACAGUACCCACUUUUGUCCUGUCCAUCACAGCCACCACUCAGGCACUGGCCUUGAUAGAGCUCUAUAACGCACCAGAAGGACGCUACAAGCAAGAUGUCUAUUUGCUUCCAAAGAAAAUGGAUGAGUAUGUGGCCAGUCUUCACCUGCAAUCAUUUGAUGCACACCUUACUGAGCUCACGGAUGACCAGGCCAAGUACCUGAGCCUGAACAAGAACGGACCAUUCAAACCAAACUACUACAGAUAUUAGCACACAACUAUACAAACAACAAGAGAGAAGGGAGGGACUGCUGAGAGUGCUGGAACAGAAGGAGAGUAGUGAAAAUGUGUCCCAUUCACUACACUGCUUGGCCUCCAGCUGCUGGUACUCUGCUGCCAUCUAGAGGAAGACUUUGGAUUGUUUCUGUAACUGAACAUCUUUAUUUUCACAGUUAAUACUACAGUGCUACUUUUUAAGUGAAUCACAAAUUAAACACUAUAUGAUUUUAUAUGUAAAUACACAGUCUAUAUUUAAAGAGUGCUUUCAUAAUGUUGGUGUACUAUUGACUAUUCUGUAUCAUCAAGGCAGUUUGUGACAGUUUGUCACUGCAUCUUUACAACAGACCAUAAUACACAUUAUUGUGAUUCAUGACUAAAUAGCUCACUGAAAUGUGUAAUACUAUUGAUUAUUAAGUGUUUCAUUUUAAAUUAGUCAUACUGAUGAUUUAAAUAUUGAUUGAUUGAUUUAAAUAUGAUAUAAAUAUUAUGUUAGAUUUAGCUGUUUUUGUUCUAAUUAUUCUGUGGGUGUAGUUUCAUGUCCUUGUACUUUAGCGUUAACACUGGGGCAGGAUGAGGGGAGCAGGCUUAUUCUGUGCCUUUUGGAAACAAUUUAAAAUGUUUAAAAACUC